AUGGCUCGAAAAGAGAAAAGGGAGUGGCUGAAUUUCAGCGUCAAGGGCGAGAACCUUGAGGUAAACCAUUGGAUUCAGGACAGAAGUGUACAUGCCGAGGCCAGCUACAUGGCCAUUGGAACGGCAGCGCGCCUUGCUCUUGGCUUGGGGUUGCACCGGACACUAGUCGAUUCACUUCUGACCACGAAUGAUGUGGAAGAGCGUCGCAACGUUUUCUGGGUUCUGUACGUAAUGGAUAGAGGUGUAAGCCUCCGGCUUGGGCGCCCACCCACUAUUUGCGAAGACGACAUCGAAGUCAGUGAGCCUACUCCUAGUCGAAAACUGCAGUCGUCCCCGGCUAAGGACGGUUUUGCACAUUUUGUGAAGCUCAACAGGAUCAAGAGCGAGAUCUACUCAAAGCUCUACUCCGUUCGGUCUCUGAUGGGCGAUGGUCAGACCCAAAGGCUAGCAACCCUACAUAACCUUGACGAGAAGCUUACCACCUGGCAAAACUCCCUGCCCAGCGAGAUGCUAUCAUUCGAGAAGGCCUUGCAGAGCCUGAAUGCACAUCUUAUCACAAUGACGAUGCUGUUGCAUGCUGAAUUCUACAACUGCCAAUUAAUGCUCUAUCGAACGGACAGCUACUGGGAUGCUUUGGAUUCAAGCAUCCGCACGACUACUUCUUCAGCUGAGUUUUCCGAAGACUGCAGCCGCGAGAAAUGUCUAACCGCGGCGAGGCAUGCAGCCGAGCUUCUUGACAGGCUGCAGCAAAGCGGAAAGAUGUUUCAAAGCAACCUGGCACGAUACGAUGCUUUCCUCAGGUGGUUGUCGGCUUUUGUCCGUCAGAACGAGCUGACAAACUUUUAG